GUGGAAGGUGUCGAAGGUGAAGGUUUGCUCGCGGAAACAAGAGAAGCUAGCAUAGAACCGCCAAGAAGGAGGGAUAGUUCGGAUCCUGUGAACCUCAGUUUAAAUUCCGGAACGUCCACGAUGAGUGAAAGUUCUCACGAUAUAGUACAUAGAUCAGAAAAGCAAUUACUCGAGAGGCGAGAGUCCUUGGACGAAGCCGAAGAGAGGACAAGACAAAUGGCGGCGCGAUUGGCGUUAGGCUUGGAGCAUGGCAAACGAAAACCCGAAGAAUUACCGAUCCCACCGGCUGAGGCAUACGUCGUGACACCUCAUCGAAAACGUAGGCCAGGCUUUCACAACGCACCAGCACAGAAUCCAGCUUUCGUACCGUUUAAUCCGAGCUUCGAGACACCUAGGAGGUUACAAGCGCCGCAUCCAUUGAGUCUAUCCGCGCCACCAUAUCUACAGGACCGAUCAAUAACGCCACCAGGAGCAUCGCAUCGACCACCAAGCGCCGAUCCAGCAUCGGCCGCAGGUUUAGAACCACCUUGGGGUGCUUGGACUUUACCACCAGCUCGAGCACCUCCGCCACCUCCAACGGAGGAUCCACCAAAGUCGACACCUGUCCGAGAAUACCGAUGUACCUAUUGUGGCAAACAAUUCGGCAUGUCCUGGAACCUAAAGACUCAUCUUCGAGUACACACCGGCGAGAAACCGUUUGCCUGUCGACUCUGUGUCGCCAUGUUCAAACAGAAAGCUCAUCUGCUAAAACAUCUCUGUUCCGUUCACAGAGGUGUUAUAGCUGCACCGGACAAUACGUUUACAUGUUGCUUCUGUUCCCUCAAUUUCGACAGUUUGCAAGAACUCAUAAGGCAUCUGUCAGGACCGCAUAAUAAUUUACUGCUUAGUAAAAAUCUACACGAUUAGCGACAAUAAAAGGCUAUCCGGUGCUAAGAAAGUGAACGAUCUCGGAUAUACCGAUCGAACUCCGUUUCUUUCGUUGAUAUUAUUUCUCGAUUUUAAUUGAGUCGAACGUCGCUUUCAUUUCCUCAUUUUAUCCAGAUCAAAUAUCGUGAUACAUCAUCGAUGUAUCGUCAAGGAUAUCGAAGUAAUGUAUAAGUAAGUCUUUUUUUCAUUAGACGAUUACAAUUUUUUACUUUGAUAUUGAGGGAAGAAAAGAGGGAUCUCUUUGAUCUGGAUUCUUUUAGAUUCGAUCGAAUCUUCGAUUAACGCGUGAUUACCAAUAACUCGUUAGUAUCUCUCAGCAUGUCAAGUUGUGAUCUCUGAUAUCUAAUUGAAUGUUAAGUAGACGCGAUUAAUCAACCAAGUGUGCCGUCCCUUCGCGAAUCAAACGUUCCUUCGCGAUAAUAAAUUAAAUAUUUUUUCGACACUUUUAUAGGCCGAUUCUCGCGAAGACACGGCACGAAGCACUGGAAGAGCCUUUUUGUGACGAAUAAAAGAAAAGAAAAGAAAAGAAAAAAAAAGAGAGAGAAAAAGAAAAGUAAAGAAAAAAGAAAAAGAAGAAGAAAAAUAAAAUAAAAUAAAAUAAAAUAGAAUAAUGAUAACAGGGUCUUCGUUUUCGUGGAUAUUUCUUCGUAUUGAGAAGAUUCAAGGACGAAGAAGUGAUAACCAUUGAUACUGUGUCUUAUCGAUAGGGGUUAAUUGGUAAUUUCGUUUUUCGAAAUAUAUCGGCUCGCGAGUUCUAAGCGUAAAUUGCCGAUUAGAAAAAUGAAAAGAAGAAAGCUAAAUAAUAAGAAAUUCGCAGAAAGGAUCGGAGAAAGCAGCUAUCGGAAAGAUGCGAUCUCGUAGCACGUACAUACGUAAAAAAAAAAAAAAAAAAAAGAAAAGAAAAAUUUCGACGGCGCGUUUUCGAUCGAUAAAGAUCUUGAAUUUAAGGGAGGACAAAAAAAAACCAAUAAUGAUAA